UUAGAUUUUAAUUUUAAUUUAGACAAUUUAUUUGAAGAAAGGACAAUGGCCCACGAACCGGACUCAAUUUAUAAGGCUCUGCGCCUAGUCCCGGACUUCGAUGGUAACCCUAAUAUACUUACACGAUUCAUUCGAUUAUGCGACCAAAUUGUCCAUACAUAUAUGAGCAAUACCCCAGGGAGUGAAUUAUCCAAUUUAUGCCUGUUAAACGGAAUCUUAAAUAAGAUCACAGGCACAGCCUCAUGUACUAUAAACUCUAAUGGCAUACCCGAUAGUUGGGUGGGCAUUAGAACUGCUCUAAUUAAUAAUUUUUCUGACCAAUGUGACGAGACUACCCUAUACAAUGACCACUCGUUAUUCACCAUUACGAAUGACAAGGACGAAAUAAAAGGUCAUCCUCUGAAGCUCACUAAAAUCCCAUAUGACGUAAUGAAACAAGUUGCAACCCCAAGCCACGUACACCUGAAAUCUAUUGAUUUGAAAGGACUACACAACGUCCAGAGCAAACUUUUAGUCGAGCCUCCCUUAACACUCGAUACAAAUGAAACCAAUGUCCUAUAUCACACAACGAUACCCCUAUACGUGAUAAUAACAGGUGCAUGCGCACUCGUUAUAGCCAUUAGAAGCCGAAGACGCAACUUAUGGAACUGCAAACUUCGAAACGCCCAAGAAGCCAAACCAACAUUCAAUCAGACUCUCGAAGACCCUGAAAAAGCUGAAAAUCAUAUAGAAGGCCUACCAGCAAUAUUUUCACUCAACGUUAGAAAAUAA